ACCGAGUCGCCAGCAGCAUCUACAUAUACAUUCAACUUUUGGCCAUAUUGUGACACCUUCAUCUAGUACAUCAGCUUCCCAGUUGCAAGAGCCAACACGCUGAACGACUAUCUUAGCUUCUCUCACCAUAGAGUGACAAACCCCCCUCCGGGAUGGUCUACAGCUGCUCAUCGUCAUGGUGUGAAGAUGCUCGGCACCCUAAUAUUCGAACACGCCGAGUCUGAACCCGACUGUUUGCGACUGCUCGUCGGCAGCCUUCCAAUAUCGCGAACAGGGCCUGCCAGAUCGAACGCAUAUGCCACAAUUCCAGUGUCUCCUCACUAUGCUCGGCUUCUCGCUGAGAUCGCCUACCAGCGAGGUUUUGAUGGCUAUCUCUUGAACUUCGAGGCUCCGUUGCGCGGCGGGGUCGAACAGACUCGGGCUCUGACCUUGUGGAUUGCUCUCCUGGAACAGGAGCUUAAGCGGAAGGUUGGCUCGCAUGCAGAAGCGAUGUGGUAUGACAGCGUCAUUGUGAACGGUCAACUGCGUUGGCAAGACAGGCUGAACAGUGUCAACCUUCCCUUCUUCCUCCCUUCGACUUCCUUCUUCUCCAACUACACAUGGCCUAACACCUACCCAUCAAUGUCAGCCCGAUACCUCCUCUCUCUCGAUCAAUCCACCCUCCCCCGCCCAAAGCACCUCUCAGACCUCUACAUCGGCGUCGACGUCUGGGGCCGCGGCUCCCACGGCGGUGGCGGCUUCGGCUCAUACAAAGCGAUCUCGCACAUCGACCCCGAGUUCCUGGGGCUCAGCGUCGCCCUCUUUGGUCAGGCGUGGACCUGGGAGAGCGAGCAGGACAAGCCAGGGUGGUCCUGGAAGACCUGGUGGGCGUACGAGCGCAAGCUGUGGCUCGGGCCCCCAAACAAGGCUGAGCACGUCGAGGUGCCGCCGUACGGGCGGAAGGAGGGCGAGCCGCCGUGUGAGCAUGGGCCCUUCAGGCCGAUCGCGGACUUCUUCCCGAGGUUGCCUCCACCGAACCCUGCGGUCCUGCCAUUCUUCACCACUUUCUCGCCCGGGGUCGGAUGGGCGUGGUUUGUGAGAGGGACGAAGGUGUUCGUGAGUGAAACGGGGUGGACGGACGUUGACAAAUGUACGUCCAUUGGCGACCUUGUCUUCCCUAGGCCGACGCUUGCAUGGGAGAACGGGGACCGUGACGAGCCAGUACCAGCUGCGACGUCCGACAUCUCGAUGGACGAUGCCUGGCUGGGCGGGAGCUCGCUCCUCAUCUCCUUCUCCGCCCCGGGCUCCGACGCCGAAGAUGCCUUCUUCCGUUGCGUCUGGCUCCCGAUUCAGUCCCUAGCCAUCACUCCCCGGAAGUCCUACCGCAUGUCGAUCAUGUACAAAGUCUCAGGACCAGUUGACACCGACAUCGGGGCAUCCAUCAAGUCCCUCGCGCCUGGGCCCAGCGCCGAAUUCGACGUGACCUUCGUGCCCGCGACAUCCAACGCUCCCCUUCCCGGUGGCUGGACAGAACUCCUCAUCGACUUCUCUCUUCCACUCGAAUACGGAGGCGGUACCGACGUUCUAUCCGCUGCAGGCCUUGUCAUCGGGUUCACGUGCGAAGCCCCAUCCCAGCCGGUCGACUUCUCCGUUGCCGUCGGUGCACUCAGUGUCUACGCCAAUCCGCCCUCCGCUCAGCACACCCCACUCAGCCCCAAAGUCAUCUGGGCUGACUUUGCGUCUGAGAAGCCCAAGGACAGCGCUGCGGUGCCAUUUGCGGGCGUCAUCACGUGGGGGACAGGAGUCUCUCUCGGACUAGUCCCCGCAAUCAGGCUAACCUCACCCGAAGAUACGGAGGCUGCGUGGAUGCUGGAUCACCUCACGCCUGGGUUUGCUUACUUCAACGUGUAUGUGCAGGGCCAGCCUAAGGAGGGCGAGGCGUACGCUCCGGAAACUGCGGCGUUCGUUGGCACGACGGGUCUCGACGGGAGGGAAAACAGGUUCUUUGUCGACCCGGUUUGUUUACCCGGACAUUUGACUGGUGCGAAGGCUGCGCGGUUCUACGUACAAGGCGUGACGGAUAGAGGGCGUGUGCUGGAGUGGGAGGACUGCACAUUCGUUGAUGUAGACGCGUAAGGAAGUCGGAUUAACCAUGGGUUAUACAUCGAAGUGUACAGUC